AUGGAGAGCUUCGACGACGUGACACUAGUGGGCCCUGUGUCUGAUCCCUCGAUUCUAGACGACCAUUUACCUCCUGCUAGCAAUGAUGCGAAGCCCAGGAAAUCCACCGAGGUGGAAUCGGCGGAACCAGGCACUCCCACCUCUGAUCGCUCGAUAAACGCGGGCCGGGCCCCAAUCGAAACAGCCACAAAUGCGCUAGCUGGGGAGCCUUCAAUCUCGUCUGACUUUCCACCCGAAGAAGAAGAUGAAGAGCCUCGAGUCGCGACUUCCUUCGAGCGAGAAUCGAGUCCAAGUUUCGCACAGAAACACCGAUCUGGCGUGGAUGCAGAGGAUGAGGGGAUCAACCGGAUGCACAAGUUCACGCUCUACGAGACUGCCACUCGUUUCUACAUGGUCGGUAUCAACCUUCCAGAGACUCGCUUUCGAAUUCUUAAACUUGAUCGCACUUCCGAGUCGGGCGAGUUGAGCAUAAUCGAAGAUGAUAUGGUCUACACAAAAAGGGAGAUGGUCCAGCUGUUGGAUGCGAUUGAUGACGGGAAUAAAAGCUCUGGUGGAUUGAAGCAGAAAUGCAGCGCGUGGGCAUUGCUUGGUUUUGUCCGCUUUACUGGGGCAUAUUAUAUGCUCCUAGUUACCAAGAGGAGCCAAGUCGCUGUGCUUGGUGGCCACAAUGUCUACCAGAUUGAUGAAACGGAACUGAUAUCCUUGACUCCAGCCGAGUCCUCGCGGCUAAAACCCGAAAAGCAGUCAGAGGAAGAAAGAUACAGGGCGAUUUUGAGCAACCUCGACUUGACUAGGUCGUUUUACUUCAGUUACUCUUACGAUAUUACGCGCUCUCUUCAGCAUAACAUUUGCCGCGAACGGAAGGCCCAUCAUGACGGGACUUCCCAAUUCCUCUCCCGAGACUACAACACAAUGUUUAUCUGGAAUCACCAUCUUCUUACGCCGGCGAUCAAUACUUUGAAGAAUCCUUACGAAUGGUGUCUCCCGAUCAUCCAUGGCUAUGUCGACCAGUCCAAAAUAAGUGUCUAUGGGAGGGUGGUGUACGUAUCUGUCAUCGCCCGUCGGUCUCGGUUUUUCGCAGGUGCCCGCUUUCUCAAGCGUGGCUCAAAUGACUUGGGGUUUGUUGCCAACGAUGUCGAAACGGAACAAAUUGUCUCCGAGCAGACCACCACAUCCUUCCACUCCGCUGGUCCAGAGCUGCACGCAAACCCCAACUAUACUUCUUAUGUUCAGCAUCGUGGAAGCAUUCCUCUGUACUGGACUCAGGAAAAUACGGGGGUGUCACCCAAGCCUGCGAUCGAGUUGAAUCUUGUCGAUCCAUUCUAUUCGGCCGCUGCAUUGCACUUUGACAACCUGUUUGAACGGUACGGAGCGCCAAUCUACAUUUUAAACCUUGUCAAGUCACGGGAACGGACACCCAGAGAAUCAAAACUUCUCCAUGAGUUCACGAAUGCGGUGUCUUACUUGAAUCAGUUCCUACCAGAGGACAAAAAACUUAUCUACAAGGCAUGGGAUAUGAGCCGUGCAGCAAAGAGCCGUGAUCAAGACGUCAUUCAAACCCUGGAAGAUAUUGCUGGAGAUAUCAUCCCGAAAACUGGCUUCUUCAAAAACGGACAGGAUGUGGAAUCUGGUUUGCGACUUCAGAACGGUGUUGCACGAACAAAUUGCAUCGACUGUCUUGACCGAACCAAUGCGGCACAAUUCGUUAUUGGCAAAAGAGCACUUGGUUACCAGUUGCAUGCUCUCGGCAUCAUUGACGAAACAACAGUCGAGUACGAUACCGACGCCGUCAAUCUCUUCACCAACAUGUGGCACGACCAUGGAGACACUAUUGCCAUUCAAUACGGAGGAUCUCACUUGGUCAAUACCAUGGCCACGUACCGUAAGAUCAAUCAGUGGAGCAGUCACUCGCGCGAUAUGGUCGAAAGCUUUAAGCGAUACUACAACAAUUCUUUCCUUGAUGCUCAACGACAAGAGGCCUACAACCUGUUCCUAGGCAACUACAUUUUCGCUCAAGGUGCUCCAAUGCUUUGGGACCUUGCAACUGAUUACUAUCUACACCAUGCCGAUCCCAGAUCCUACCUGCAGAAGAAGCGCCCCAACUACAUCUCUUGGUACACGCCUGAAUACCUGAAAGAAAGAGAAUUUCCACCACUCCCAAUCCGACCCGAGGAGCCGCUGUCCCACUUCGACGAUUACUGGCUGGAAUAUUACCGGCCCUUGGCUGUCUCGACCAUGUCCAAAAUCUUCUCUUACAAAAUGAACUCAACACUACGCUACCUACCUCCCUACCGUCCUGGACAUACAACUCCUGAUCUCAGCCCAUUCGUACCUCGCAUCCCUCCGGAACAAAACCAACGUGAUCGUCCACCACAGCGAACCGUGAGAAUUCAAGUGCCCACUGACAACAAUUCCCAAUACUCAACCACCACGCCGCCCAUCAUGGACGCACCCGAUACCUGGAAACAUCAACCUCCGUCAUCAUCUAAGCAGCCCCCUUCGGCAGGAAUUAUUAGAGAGCCCACCUUCAAGACCAAUCAAGACUCGCACAUUCCUCCAAUCAAUACCCCUGACUCCACAACAACUCCCAGCAAAGCGCAAAUCGCCCAAUGGACCUUAGGACAAUUGGUCACCGAUUCUUUGAACCCAUCGGUGACGUCUGCAGAGGCAGAGGAAUACGAGCGAUACAUCAAUCAUCCCCUCAAAGUCCCGCUGGUUGUCACAUCCGAGGAUGAGAUGACCGCCGCGUCACUCCGAGAACACGGUGCUAAUCUCGACCUACUCGAGUAUGUGAACAAAUGCAAUAUUGAGGAAGCCGCCCUCAAAACCAACGCCCUGGAGAACAUGGCCGACUACGCUGAGUUCUUGAAUGUCUCGGAGGAAGGCCUGACUGUUGUGAGCGAGGACUAUCAGAAAAAGAGGUACAAGCGUUAUCGGCAGUGGCUACGGGGGAAGAGCCUUUUCAAGCAACGCGUUGAUGUAUGA